GUACUGCGACUGCUGGUUCACCCUCGACACUGAUUUCACCUACCUGUACAGCUUCGGCCACAGGUACUGGAGCUACGGGUACACCGACGACACCACCGACGCCUACUGGUACCUCGCCUACGCCAACGGCCAGUCCUACGGCAGCGAGUUCACA